ACUUUUUGCUUCCAACAUUAAAAAAUUUUCUAAAUACCAUUCUUGUAACACUAAAAAUUGUAAAAUUACAGAAAUCUUUUUUAAUGUAAUCGUACCAUUUUUUUUUUCUGUAAUAUUUUUUUUAUGUUUUACAUUUCACGUCAAUAUCAUUUACUUUUGAAUUUAUAAACAUAUAAAUAUACAUCCAUUUUAUAAUUCUUUUAUAUUGAAAUUUGCAAUUUUAUAUUAUUAAACCGCUAUAGAUACGUGGCUCCGUAACACCUGGACAAUGCAAAAUUUUCGAAAAUGUUUUUAUUUCGGGGCAAACUUUUUAUAAAAUAUGCAAUUUGUACACUUUAUGUGAUUGUGAUUUUAUUAAUUGCUCAACGCAUUUUUAGAAUAAGUGACAAUUAUUAUAUUAAUGAGAAAAUUAAUGAGAAAGCAGAUGUUUCGUAUUUUCAUGAAAAAUUCACUAAUGUGAAAAGUGAAGAAUAUCGAAGAUAUGAAUCAUGGAUAUUAAAUUAUGAACGUAAUGUAAUUCCCGGGAUGGGUGAAAAUGGAGAGCCUUCAUUUUUAUAUGGAAAUGAAAAAGUUAAGGGUGAUUUAGCCCUUAAGAAAAAAGCAUUGAAUACUAUUCUUUCGGAUAAAAUUUCUUUAAAACGAAAUUUAGUGGAUCCACGAAAUCCAUUAUGUAAAAAUGUGACUUACGAUACAUUAUUACCAAGUGCCAGUAUAGUAAUUAUUUUUUAUAAUGAACCAUGGAGUGUCCUUUUGAGAACUGUUCACAGUGUCCUUAGAAAAUCACCACCAAAAUUAUUGAAAGAAAUUAUUCUUGUUGAUGAUUGCAGCGAUGAAGAGGGACUACAAAAAAGACUGAGUUAUUAUAUAGCAACAAGAUUUCCCAAAAAAGUUCAACUUCUUCGAUUAACGGAAAGAAAAGGUCUUAUACGAGCACGAUUAAAAGGAGCUGAAAUUGCAACUGGUGAUGUUUUAAUAUUUUUGGACGCUCAUUGUGAAGCGACAGUACAGUGGCUUGAACCAUUAUUGCAACGAAUUAAGGAAAAGAAAAAUGCAGUAUUGACACCAAUUAUUGAUAAUAUAUCGGAAGAAACUUUGGAAUAUUUGCACGAUAAUGAUCCUUCAUUUUUUCAAGUUGGAGGUUUUACAUGGUCGGGUCAUUUCUCUUGGAUUGAUAUUCAAGAUAAAGAUUUUAAAUCUCGCUCGUCAUCAAUUUCACCAACUAAUUCACCAACAAUGGCUGGCGGACUUUUUGCCAUUAAUCGGCAAUAUUUUUGGAAUAUUGGAAGUUAUGAUGAUCAAAUGGAUGGCUGGGGUGGUGAAAAUUUAGAAAUGUCCUUUAGGGUUUGGCAAUGCGGAGGAACACUUGAGGCAAUUCCUUGCUCUCGAGUUGGUCACAUUUUUCGUAAUUUCCAUCCAUACAAAUUUCCCAAAAAUAAGGAUACUCAUGGAAUAAAUACUGCAAGAUUAGUUCACGUUUGGAUGGACGAUUAUAAACGUUUAUUUUAUUUGUAUCGCGAGGAAUUCAAGGACAAUUUAGCAGUCAUUGGAAAUAUUAAGAAUCGAAUUAAUUUACGAAAACAACUCAAGUGCAAAAGUUUUAAAUGGUAUCUCGAAAAUGUCUAUCCAGAAAAAUCAAUUCCAGACGAAAAUGUUAUUGCCUAUGGGAGAUUAAAAGUGAAAAAUAGAAAUUUGUGCCUGGAUAAUUUACAACGUGAAAAUGAUGAUAAUUCCUAUGAUUUAGGAAUGUAUGGAUGUCAUGCAAAAAUUUAUCCCAGUCAGCUUUUCUCAUUGAACAACGAUGGAGAAUUAAAACAAGAUGAGAUUUGUGCGUCGAUCAAUGAAGAUUUUAUGAGAAAUAAAACUUCAAAAAUAUUAAUGAAACGUUGCUCAAAAAGUGAAGGCAGUAGUGAUUGGAUGUUAUCAGAGGAAGGAAAAAUUAUUCAUGUAGGAACUGGACUUUGUCUUGAUGCGUCUGGUGUUCAAGCAGAACAAGAUGUUUUUGCAUCGGAAUGCUCUGAUAAAAGGGACCAAUUUUGGGAAUUUGAUUUUUAUGGUGAUCAUCCAAUUCCUAGGUAAUAAUAGUUUUUCUCUUGUUGUUGCUCAGGAAUUGUCGUAAAAAAAAACAAAUGUUGGCAAUCAUUUGUAGUUGUUGAAAAAAAAUUUAUUUUUUUAUGUCUCCUACGAUUGCCCUCGAUAAUUAUUCCAGAUUUUUAUUAAAAAUAUUAAUUUUUUUAAACUAAAUAUUUUCAAACUUAUAAUUUUAAAAUACCAAAUAUCUAAGAUAUUUUUAUUUAAUUCUCAAAAAAUAGUAAAAUAUUUUUGAUAUUUAAGUAUUUAAAUAUUAAAAUAAUAAUUUUUGUAUUUUAAAUAUUUUAGUAUUUUUAAAUACUGUCAUUGAAAUUAAUUUUUUGAUGAAUUAUUAAAAAUGUUAAAAUAUUUAAAAUAUUCUAUAUAUAUAUAUAUUUUUUAAACAUUUUUAUAUUGUUCAUUUUUAUUUCGAUAUUUUUUAUUUUUUGUUAGAACUAAUUUUAGUCAAGUUUAUGGACUGAUUAACUGAAAUCAAACUUUUAUACCUUUUUUUUAAUAAUUAUAUUGAAUAUAAGUUUUAUAAGUAGCAAGCGAAGCGUAAAAAAUUCUCUAUUUCUAGUCUACGAUCAAAGCUUCCAGUGUUGAAAAAAAAAAUUCGAAUUUAAUUCUUUUUUUUAUUACAUGAUACAAAAUGUGAUGACACGAAAAAUUGUCUUCCAAUAUUUACAAUUUUAUAGAAAUUUAUUAGGAAAUAACGAACAAAAAUCUAUUGAGUAAUUUUAAUAGAAACGAAAUUAUUAGGUUAUUGAGUAAUUUCAUAAAAAAAAAGAAAAUUAGGAAAAUUGUAAGAAAAUGCUUUUAAAAAAUGAAUUUGUAGAACUGUUGUUUUUUGUUUGUUCAAAUCAACAUUGUAAAAAAGCAUAUCUUACAUUUGCUGCUUGUUAUACAAUUUUUAUUUCAUUAAGUUUUUAUAUUUUUUAUUGAAAUAAUUUCCAAAACUUAAGAAAUAAUAAUAUUAAUGUUAAUAUCGUAUUUUUCUCUUGGACAUAAUUAUAAGUGUUAAGCAAUUCAAUGUAGUUUAUUAAAAAUAGUUUUAAGAUAUUUCAUUUUCAAUGCUCAAUUUAUAAAAAGAUUUUAUUUUUUAUAAUGAAAAAAUUAGAAUUUUUUUUUUUGUAUUAGUGUAAAAUUUGAAACUUUUUUUAUAAAUUUUAUAAUUAAUCACAGUAAGAAUUCGCCAUUUAAUCUACGUUUUCCAUUGGUAUAAGUAAUUUUUUUUUUUAAAUAGAAAUGAUUAGUUUGUUAAAAAAAAAGUAAUAUAAAAUAUUACUAACAUGAUCAAUAAGUUUUAAACUGCAAUGAAAUUUCAA